AUGGAUAAAAUCGAUAUAGCUCUUCGUUUCUAUACGCAACUUAUUCAAUCAAAAGUCAAACGUGACGAUACCGCUCUUCACUCUUCGAAUGAUGAACAAAUCAUUGAAAAUAAUUCUGAAACAACAAUGCAACCAAUCACUCCACUCGUGAACUCCCUAUGUCUUACGAAGGAUUUACUUUCGUCAUACUACAACUUACAUCGACAAUACCAAAGAUCAAUUCUACGUGACGACAUAUCAGCACAGCAAGAGCAAGUUCAAGUUUUAUUCGAAACUGAAUGGAAAAAAAUCGAUAUUUUACAGUUAAAACAUGAUUAUGAUCAACUCAAACAAGAACAUCAGUCUUUCAAUGAAAAAGUAGAACAUCUCAGACAAGAACUACAGCAAACACAAUUAGAACGAGAUCAUUAUCGAAGAGAGAAUAUUCAGAUAGUACAAGACAUCGAACGUCUCAAAGUAGCCACUCCAACAAAUGUUAUUGUUCAAUCUGCACAAGUGACAACAAGCGUUCCGAUUAAGCAGAACAGCAAUAACCAAACAGGCAUCAUUGAUCAGUUAAAAGAUCUAUUGCCACAACAAAUUACACCUGACCAAGCUAAAAGUUUCAUUGAAGACAUAUAUCGUCGACGAACAGAAUUUGAUGAUGAAGAUAUGCGAAAAUCGAUCUGUGGAUCAUUGAAACGCUUGGGUUCAGAUCUGUACAGUUCAUCAGUACAUUUUCUCCACGAGUUAAUUCAGAACGCCGAAGAUAACACAUAUGUUGGUGAAUCGAGACCAUAUCUACGUAUCGAAUUAAAUCACGAUUACAUACUAUUUUCAAACAAUGAACAGGGUCUUCGACCUCGUGAUGUUUUGGCUAUUUGUAGUUUGGCAGUCACCACGAAAACUAGCGAACAGAAGCAUAUUGGUGAGAAAGGCGUUGGUUUCAAAUCAGUCUUUGCUGCUUCUAAUCGACCGAUGCUUUUUUCUCAUUCAUGGAAGUUUCGUUUUCAAGUUCCUGGCACUGAUGCCAUGUCUUAUAUUACACCCUUAUGGAUAAACGACCAAGAUAUUCCUCAAUAUAUUGCAAAUCAAAUCUCUGCCAAUCGUCAACAUACUCAUCUCUAUCUACCACUGAAAUUAACACCACAUACAGAUUUGGCCAAACAGUUUCUUGAUGAUGUUGCAAAAGCAGUUGAUCCGUGCAUUUUGUUGAAUAUGCGGAAAUUACAGAAAGUUGAAGUCGUCGAUCAACGAGAAGAAAAAGUAAUAAUUAUUGAAAAAAAUUCUAGUGGUUCGACAAAAUUAGUAGCGCAGCACGUUGUUGAAUUUGAAGGCUUGAAGUUUCUUGAUUUGGUUGGCUUGAAGGCGCAGUUGUCUACUCUAUCAGGUAAACGAACGUUUCGAGUCUAUACCUGUCAGAUCGAUGUACCAAGUGCAAUAGAAGAACGAACAAAUCCAAUGACAAUGUUGACAUUAGCAUUUCCUUGUGAAUAUGAUUAUGAUCUCACUGCUACGGUCUACAAUGGUCUACCUGUCUGUGAUCUUGGAUUUAAGUUUAUGUUCAAUGCUGAAUUUCAUCUAGUUACAAGCAGAGAAAAUGUUCGUGAAAAUGUUCCAUUGAAUACCUACUUGCGUGAUCAUUUAGCUGUUCUUUUUGUUUAUCUCCUAUUGAACGACACCGAUUUGAAAAAGGAUAUCAGUCAUUAUUGUCCGUCAUCGAAUAUUCAUCAAGUCAAACAUUCAUCCUGGUGGCGCUCAAUGAUUGGUCGUAUCAAUCAGUUGAUUGAAAAUCAUCUUUCAAUUUUAUUUGAUAUCGGUACAGGUAAAGAAAUUCGCUCAAUGAAUCCAAAAAUAUCAUCACUUAUCUCCAAAGAACAAUUGUAUGAUUAUGCUAAUAUUCAAGUGAUUGAUUCCAACGAUGAAUUCUUUACCACCGAUCGUUUAAAAUCUCUCCAUAUUCAAACUGUUUCUAUUAAAGAUGUUUUGAAAUGUUUUCCCAAUCGACAUGAGCCAACCAAUGACUUUCUACGAUGGACACAAAAACAAGAUCAACAAUGGUGGUCUCACUUCUUUCAUCAUUUAUCAGAAGAAAUGACAUCAGAAGUGUCCGAUCUCAUUUUACAAAAACCAAUCUUUUUUCUUCAAGAUCAUCAUCAACGACAAUAUCUGCCAAAGAUGAGUGAAAACUCCUCAUUACUUUACAUCAAUGAUGAUCGAUUGGUUCGAAUCUGGAAACGACGAUUGACUAUUCUACAAUAUGCAUCAACAACAGAACGAACCGCUCUUAUUCGAUCAGGUCAUGUGAAAUCUUUGACAGAACAGGAACUGAUAGAUAUUAUUCAAAUUGAUCACUUACAACUUUCUAUUCAAUCGAUGAGGACACCUGUGGAUGAUGAUGUGUUAGAAGAAAUCUGGAAAGAUUUAUCCUAUCUUCAAUCUCGUAUUGAUAAACUAGACAGAGCUAAACCACUUCUUGUACCCAUUCAAGGAUCAUCCCGUUUCACUCUUAUUCAAAACACAACUUUACCAACUUUCUUCGGCCGUGAUAUGAGAUUUUUCAUGGAUUCCACAGUUGUAAUGUUCGUUCACUUUCCUUACUACGAAGUUGAUCCGAAUUCUCUCGUCAAUAAUCUUCAAUGGGAAUAUUUUCUAUUGAAAAUGCAAUGUAAACCACCUUCGAUUAAUCUUCCUCAGCAUUAUACUACUGCUCGACUACCAUGUUUACCAUCAUUCACUAUGUUUACAGAUGAAAAUAUUGCUCGUUUCGGUGAAUUCAUUCUAUCAGUUCAACAAGAUAAUACUCAACAAGCUCUGCGACAAUUUCCCAUUAUUGCCCAAAUGAACUCUGAAGAGCAGCUGCGACCGAUUGAAACGACAUUCGAUCAGUCUAUUAUCACAGAUUUACCAUCAUUACCACGAAUCGAUGUUCCUUCAUAUUGUCGUUCAUUAGCCAUGAAGAUGGGUGUUUCUACUGAUUAUGAUUUGAAUACUUGUGUGAGCAUUCUUCAAUAUUUAGGUGAUGAAAAGAUCACCAAUGUCGACCUGUAUAUUGAAUGGUUAGGUCGAUUACAGCUAGAAGUUCGACAAAACAACAAAAAUAUCGAUAAAAAAGGUUUUCGCUCGACAUGUCAAUUAUAUCUUCCAGAUAAACAACAAUUCUGCUCACUCAAACAUCUUCUUGUUAUGUCCGAGAUCAAUGAUCAAAAUCGAGAAGGUAUUCUUCUAGUUUGUAAAUACUUGAAAUUACAACUGAUCUCUCUAACAACUAAUCAAACCUAUUGGCAGUUCAGAGGUCUCUUUCAUAUAUUAGAUUGUCAAUGUAGUGUAUCGAUUGAGAACAUUUAUCGAACCAUUUGUUUAGCAAGUAAUGACAAGCAUAACUUUUAUCCACUGGGUAAUCGUUUGACAACACUCAAACCGAAUGGGUUGGAAACAAUGAUCACUCUUUUUCAAUAUCUCGAGCAUUCCAUCGGCAAAUGUGUUGCAGAUAGUGCACAAGAUAGUAAUCUUUAUCGUGCUGUCAUCACGAACAAACAUCCUACAGCACAUUGCGGAAGUCGAGAAGAUCUUCAGUGGCGUUUCGGUUUGACUUCGACGGUAAUCGUAUCAGAAUUGAAAAAGUUAACGAAUACUUCAACGAGCAAUGUUUCUAUUCCACUUCUCACCUUUGAUGAUAAGAUGAUCGCAAAAACAUCAACGAAUAUUAUCUAUGCGUGUCUUGAAAUCAAAAUCAUUCAAAAUUUGUCGAGAGCACGUGAUAAACGUCAUUUUAUUUCACCAGAUAUCACUCAAAAAUGUCCACUGGUAUUAGCUCUAUUUGGAAUCGAUUAUGUUGAACGACGAGGAAAAGUUGAAUGGACGCAUACAAACAUCAAUAUGGAAUAUCAUCUUAGUCAAUUAACGAGAAUUUUUCGAGAAACAACCAGUGAUCAUGAGCUCGAAGUAGUCGGUGCAAAGUAUGCUCACAUUUAUUUACUAAUUUCAGAUGCCUUUGCCAUUGAUACUGCUGAUGAUAAGGAUAUAUACCGUUGUCAAAUGGAGACUGAUUAUCCUUUUUUGAUCAUCAACAAAACUGUCCUUUUGUGUACUGGUAAUGUAGAAGAUGAUUCAUCAAGAGCCAUCAUAGCCAUAUCAGCUUUAGCUACUCUAUUACAUAAACGUCAACAACAUCUACCAUUUGACGAAGCUAAACUGACUGCUCGACAAAAAAUCGUUGAUUGCAAUGAAUUCUUAUCGAGAGUAAAUGCACGUGUUGCUUGUGCAAAAGCUGACUUGUAUCCCUAUGUGGAACUGUUAUUUCCCACAGACCAUGAGUCGCUUAAGUCGAUCGCCAUCUCAAUAAGUGGAGUUACCAGAAUUGAACAAGAUGCAGAAGAAAAUUUGAUCACUUUAGAACGCUCAGGUGUCGAUGAACUCUUUCGAAUCCGUGCAGAAAAACAAGAUCAUCGUUUUCAACAGCCAAAAAGACCAGACAACUGGACGAAUCCAUCUAUUGUUGAUGGUGAAGAACAUAUUCGUAUUGGUCAGAAUGCUGAGCAUUUCUUCUUCGAUUAUUUACAAAGACUCUAUGGAACAAUUGAUGUUCAACCAACGAACAAUUGGCGUUCAUCAGCACGUUUAGUAACUUAUCCACAAUAUACACGUGAUGUGAAUGAUUCGGCUGGUUAUGAUUUGGAAUUACAUGAUACAAUGGAGUUGUUUACCAAAGGAACAAAAUCACGUACUAAGAAAUGUUAUUUUGAAGUAAAAGGAACAAGUGGAUCUUUUCAUGAAGAACAUACAUCUUUUCAUAUAUCUCAAAAUGAGCAAGAAAAAUGCAAAAGUAUUGCUGAUGACUCAAGAAGAAGAGAACAGGAAGCAUAUUUUCUGGUUAUUAUCGAACAUUGUUUGGAUCCAGAAAAGAUCGCCCUAGCCAAAAUACUAGAUUGGAGUAGCCAGUUUCAUUCAAUAGAAUUGAUAGUAGAUGGCUAUCAAUGCAGAUUCCUUUCAACACCACCCAUCCAUAUCACUCAUGGAAGUGGUCCACAACGGCAAUCUGAUCGACCAUGGAGAUCACCAAGACUCCAACACGAGCAGACACAAGAUUUUCGUACGGGAGGACGAGAAAGAGGUAGUACUGUUGAUAGAAGUGGUAUAAAUUCCGAUUGGAGAAAAAAAUAA